CCUGGUCUUUAAUAGCCCUCUUCCAAGCAAUUGGCUAAGUUAAUUAUCAGCGGCUUUUUGUCUCACUCUUGCCUCCGUACCACGAUGAUGCGAACUUCCUCUAUUCGUAGUCAAGAUGACCCCUUGUCUCUUGCUAUAAGACCUCCUCCAGAAGAAACUGAUACAGAUCGCCAUAUUCGCUUGCAGAACGAAGCCGAGGCGCGUCGAAUCUCAGAACAGAUAGACGAGGAACUCAGGUUUGAGAGAGAAAAGUUGAAAAAGUCUAAAAGUGAUGUCAAGUUACUUCUUCUUGGUCAGGCUGAGUCUGGCAAAUCUACACUGCAAAAGCAGUUCCAGCUCAUGUACAGCCCUGCUUCUCUCGAAAGCGAGCGCAUGUCUUGGAGAACCGUCGUAUAUUUCAAUGUCGUGCGCUCUAUUAAAAAGAUCCUCACAACCCUAGAAGCCUUCGACGACAUCGAUGAUGGGACUGACUCUCAGAGCACUCUCGAGCGUCAGGAACUCAACGACUACCUCCCUCGCGCUUCGAGUUCUGCAACUCCCAGUAUACACAGCUCACAAAUCGGUGUAGCCCUUUCGCCGCCGUCGCCUACGUCACCUGGUAGUCCAACUAGUCCCAUGCGAGGAUCUGGAGCGAUAUCGGAUCUCCGGCGCCGGCUUUUACCCCUCACAAAUACCGAGCCCCAGCUUGCUGAUCGCUUGAGUGGGGGUGUUGCCGUGUCAGGGUCUGGCAAAGGCGAAGUUUACGUUCGAAGUGGGUGGCAAGCGAGGACCAUCCAAAAAGGUCAGAAGUUGCUCCGCAGGCACCAAAAAUCCAGUGCACCCGAGGACGAACUGACGAUUGAGCGUCCUGGCACAGCUCUGUCAGUUAUCGAUGCUGACCCUCUUGUCGAUGAUGUCGCGAGAAUGCUGGAACAGUCGCGGGACGAUAUCCGUACCUUGUGGGAGAACCAGGUCGUUCGUGCCCUGAUUACAAGCCGAAAAUUGAAGCUGGACGAGUGGUCAGAGUUUUUCUUGAACGAUAUCUCACGCAUCUCCGCACGGAAUUAUGUACCAUCCACUGAUGAUAUCCUGCAUGCACGCAUCCAAACUAUGGGCGUUGCUGAGCAUAUCUUCGACGUUGACAUUCACGGAAAGACCGUGACUUGGCAUCUCUUUGAUGUCGGUGGCGCCAGGGGACAGCGCCAUUCGUGGGUGCCGUAUUUCGACGAUGCAAACGCCAUUAUCUUUGUCAGCCCGAUCAGUGCUUUCGAUCAGUACCUCGAAGAAGAUCCUCGCACAAACCGUAUCGAUGACUCACUCCAGCUCUUUACGCAAAUUUGCUCCAAUCAGCUCCUCAAGAAAGUCCAUCUAGUCUUGUUCCUGAACAAGACUGAUAUCCUGAAAAAGAAGCUUGAACGAGGACUUUCCGUCUCGAAAUACAUCCUCUCGUAUGGCGACCGGCCAAAUGAAUUUGAGGCGGUUGUACAGUACUUCCGUGCCCACUUCCUUCAAGUCCACAGACGGAAUAACGAAAACAGGCGUGUGCUUUACACACACCUGACCAAUGUCGUCGAUACCAAAGCAACUCAAAGUAUCAUAGGAAACGUGCGAGAUUCAAUUUUCCGAGGAUACUUGCAGUCUGCCGCCCUCGUCUGAUUGUCUCCAUGUUCUAUUUGAUACCCGACGCAUAAUGAUGCUCCGUAACUUUGCCCCGACCUGCCGUGCUUUCUUGUCGAACUGCUCUUUCGUACAUAAUACGUCUCUGUUUCCGCUGCCCCACAUACAUUAUCAUUCACUCUAUAUUAUUUGCGUUGUAUCGCA